AUGGAAUCAAGUGAACCACUACAGCAAAACCAGUUGAAUCGAUACGUACUUGAAGAUUAUGAUCGAAUGCUUAAGUCUGUGGCCGAGAUUGAUGAUGCGCAGAGAAAAUGUUAUAUGAUAAAUGAAGUAUACAAAAUGAAACUAAAGUACUUUCGCUUAAAACAGUCAGAAUUGAACAACUGGUUGGAAGCAAUACAUUUAAUAGAAGAUACUCAUGAACGUGUCACUUCAGAGUUUAAGUUUUAUGAUUUGGUUUCCCUGGAUUAUUCCAAUGCUGAUAUAACAAGUGGUUUUUUAAAGCAUUUCCAGGAAUUCAAAGACUUCGAUGAGUCAGGUUCCGAAGCAAGGCUUCUAGAUGGUAUUAAUAUUUCUUGUCAUGAUUUCUCUAGAGGUAAUAUAAUUUGGAAGCAAUUGAUUGAUGCCGCUCAAGAUGAAUAUUUGAAAGAAGAUUCUGAUACCAAUUUAAUGCAUCUACAUCAAUAUCAACUUGACAGAUUGGCUACCCCUCACUCCCAACUUGAUGAAUCCUUUAAUGAAUAUUCCUCAUUUAUAAGCAAAUACUAUAGUGAUGAUUAUGACAAAUACAUGGAGUAUAUGAAGUCUGCCAACAAGAUUUAUUCAUCAACAAAGACGAAACUGAUUUACUACGAACGUUUUGAGAUUGCCAUCAAAGAAUCACCCGAGGAGCCUCAAAUAUGGAUAGACUAUAUGGAAAAUGUUUAUAGUCACCAAAAGAGAAAAGACUUGAAUCCUAUUCUUGCCAUUUUUGAAAGAGCAAUACUGAGAAAUGAAUCUUGGUCACAGAAUUGGAUAAAAAUUUGGUUAGCUUUUAUUUACAUUAUUUAUGGUUGCAAUAGUGAUCAAAAACAUGACAAGUUACAAUUUGUGUUUCAAAAGUUUUUGAGAACUUUCCCGAAAUCCAACCAUGCUUAUGCAGAAUCUAUCCGUUAUUGUUUGACCUUGAAUGAUAGUGAGAUAGCUGUUGAAGAAUUUCAAAGCAUAGAAACCAGAUUAAACUCUACCAAAGAUAUAUUGCAAUGGGAUUAUCAACAAUGGAAGUCAGUACAUUUGGCAUUUGUUCAAUUCAAUUUUCAAAUAUGGAAAAGAAACCGUACUCACAAGGACAAACUGAUUGUGGAGCAGAACAGUAACUCCAUAUUUAUGCGUGCAUUCUCGGUAAUGGAAUCUAGUGAUCCUUCUCAUUCCGUGGAAUUUCUAGCAGUUAAUAUGCUAACACAGAUGGGAGCAAUGAACAUGGCCAAAGACCUUAUAGACUUGAUGUUGGAGAGGUUUAAUACUGAAACAGAAGUUUUACUUUUUGGAUUGAGGUAUCUUGUCAACAAUAAAAUAGAUUUGGAUCAAAUUCGCUCGUACUUUAAAAGUGCUAUCCGUAAACUAGACCUGUUUGACCAUCCUGAGAAGAUUUCAGAGGAAUGGUUGCAGUUUGAACAGCUUUAUGGAGAUAUAAACAAUUAUAUGGAAUCUGUUGCGAAAUGUGAAGCUGCUUUAAAAACUUUAAGCAAAAAAAGAAGUCGAGAUAUUACAGUUGAUGAAAACAAUCAAUCUUCCAAAAAACGUAAAAGAGAACCCACAAAAGAUUUUGAUACUGAAACUAAAUCAAGAGAAACAUGCACUAUCAAAGUUAAGAAUCUUGCUGCUAACACAACCGAGGAUUCCAUUAGAAAUUUUUUUAAGGACUGUGGAGAAGUUGGUGAUAUUUCUUUUGUGGAAGCUGAAGGAAUGCGCUAUGCAAUAUUUGAAUUUCAAAAUGAGCAACAGGUUUUCUCGGCAUUGACCAAGAAUUAUAAGUCAUUGGACGGAAAUAAACUUGAAGUAUCCAGAUUACAGAAUGCCUUACUAUUUGUUAACAAUUACCCUUCCACUUUUAGUCAAGAUACGGUGAAAGAAAUGAUUGAGAAAAUAGGACCAGUAGCAAAAAUAAGAUUUCCUAACCAAACCCUGAAAAAAAUAAAAAGGUUUUGCUAUGUUCAAAUGAUUUCUCAUGACGAUGCUCAACGAGUUAUCAAUCAGUACCAUGGUCAAAAAUAUGAAGAUCCAAACCUUGGAGGUGAGUUCUCAUGGGAAAUUAAGUUUUCCAACCCUGAAGAAAAGCACGAGAGGUCGUCACCAAUAAGCGCUCGUAAAGUGAAGGUUUCUAGUAUUUCCUUUAACGUGCUGAAAGAAGCUUUUGAAAAGAAAUUUGCGUUGUGUGGAGAAAUUGAACAGAUUGUGUUUCCUAAAGCUGUAUAUGAAGAAGAUGGGAAAUUGAAAAGUAAUGGUGGUUUAGCUAUUGUUACUUACAAGACUACAGAGGGUACGGAAAAUGCAUUAAAGUUAAACGAAACGAAAUGGAUGGGUCGAAAAUUGUUUGUUUCCAAAAAGCAUCAACAAGUUCAUUACACACCAAGCGAUUUUGAUGGUGUGAAAACAAUUGGACUUUGUGGAUUGGACCCUUCAUUGAAUUUCCAGCAAGUAAAAGCAUCUCUAGAAGAUAGAUUCGGAAAGGUUGCUAAAGUUUUGUUGUUCCCAGAAGAUAAACAAGCUUUAGUGGAAUUCGUGAAACCUGGAGACGCUGGGAAGGUGAGUAUGACUAAUAGUUUUGUGAAAUUAGGUGAAAGUGAAGCAAAAAUUGUAACCAAGGAAGAGAUAAUAAUAAUAGGCAAAAGUGCCAUCUCAAACACAACUACAACCACAACUUCAUCAGCCCCUUUUACAAUGAUUCCUACGACUGUAAGACGGAAAAAAUUUAUGUAG